CUCUUGCGCCAGUCGGUCGCGCGUUACCGAGCUAAGUACAUGGGUUCGCGAACGCGCUCCCGCUGAAAAAGUUUCCCUGUGUCCGUCACGCCGCAUCGAGAGAGAGAAGCUUCUCUUUCUACGCACGCACAAACGCACGGUAUAUCGUCGUGAUAAACACGCGCAUCUCAUCGCAUCUCGUUCGCCGUAUCACACGCUUCGGGUGUCGCUGUGAGAGAGAUCCGCGCAUUGUGCCGCCGGACGAGCCCGGCGAAUUUCGAAAGCAACUCAGGAGGGAUAAUAUAAGGUGCAUUGCAAAGUGCGCGUUGCUGUACGUACGCAUUCUUGCUGCAAGGGAAAUUUCUCGUGCGGCAUUUUUACUUCGAGAUCCGAGAGGACAGUUUAGCAGGAUACCACCUGGUACCCAGAAGUGAGAUAGAGACAGGUGGUACGAGAAGAUAAGCAAUCAUGGGAGCGAGACAGAGCAAGAGGUCCGUGGACAUAACGACGACGCCGAAGAAGGAAGGAAUACCCGCCGAAGGAGGUGUCGGCGACGCAGCCGCACCUGGCGAUGGCAAACUGGAGAGGAUCGAAGAGGCUGACACGAAGCCUACCACCAACGGUAUUGCACCGCACACGGACACUGCCGAGGAUAAAGAAAAGGAUAAAGAUGAGGCCACCGAGAAGGAUAAGGAGCAACAAGCGCAACCUCAGCAAGAAGAGGUAAAACCUGAAGAGACGAAGCAAGAGAGCUCGUCCGGAGAAUCUCCUGCGGAGGUUGCGGAAGUCACGACGCCCACAGAGGCCACCCCAGCCAGUCCGAACACUGCCACUUCUCCAGACAAUAAGGAAACCAAAAAGAAGGAUAAGAAGAAAAAGUGGUCCUUCAGAUCGAUCAGCUUUAGCAAGAAGGACAAGACCAAGCCGAGUCGUGAGGAAACGCCCAAGAACGGAGACGUCACCAAGGAGGAGCCGCUCGCAGAGGGUGGUGAGGAAGCAGAGAAUGCGACAGCCUCCGCGAGCAGUCCAGUGGAGGAGAAAUCAGGGGCGAGCAGUCCAUCGGCAGAUGAGCAGGUAGCCGCGCCGGUAGCAGCAGCCGAGCCGAAGGAAGAAGCGGCCGCGGCGUCGCCAGUAGCCGCUAGUCCCGCCGAGGAAAAGAAAGAGGAACCCACUCCCUCCGCCCCUACUCCCGUCCCGUCCGUCGAGGAUAAGAAAGAGGAGGCGGUCGAAAAAGUCGAGGCCGAGAAAAAAGUAGUCGAGAACGCUCCGGAAAUCGAGACGCCGGUAGAAAACAACAUCGCCCACGAUGUCAGCACGACGGAAAGCGCCGAUGAGGCUCCUAAGGUUGCACCACCGGCUGUGCCGGCUGAGGCACCCGCCUCCCCGCCAACAGCGCCGGCUAUCACCGAGGACGUCGCCUCAGUCACCAAGGCUAUUGAGGAGAUUGAGAUAAGUGAUAAGGCAGUCGCGGCAGCAGUGAACGAAGCUAUCGAAUGUAACACGAAUGAAAUCAUUGCUGACGCGCAUCACCAAAACAACAUAAACGAAUAAGCGCCACUAAUUGAAUUGUAUUUUGGAAAGAAGAAAGUUCUUUUCUCUCGUUAAAACCAAAAAAGUAUAUUAUAUAGAUAUGUAUAUUUGGACCAUUCCUGCAACUAAACAGAAAAUAACGUUCUUUCGUUACGAGCAGCAAAAGGGGAAAACGGGGCGAU